CAUAACAAGUGGAAGUCAACCACGUUACCUUCCUCACAGGACAAAAGCACUGUUGCAAUGAACCAGUCCACUUUUGAAGUCACUUUGAUAUUCACAAGAUUUGGAUCAACCCAACCUCUCAAUGCUUUAUUUUUUACCGCUACUCUUUUGGCCUAUGUCUUUUCAGUUUUUGCCAAUGUUUUUCUGAUGCUGGUUAUCUAUUUUGAAUCCAGCCUACACAAACCCAUGUACAUUUUUUUGUUUAACUUGGCAGUAAACGGACUGAUUGGAAGCUCUGCUGUCUGGCCUAAAGUCAUGGAGAACCUUCUUUCAGAGACUCAGGAGGGAUCCUUUGCAGCUUGUCUUGUUCAGGUGUUCUGUAUUAAUUUCUACGCGACUUCUGCGUACACCACUUUAACAGUGAUGGCCUACGACCGAUACGUCUCCAUUUGCAAGCCUCUGCAGUACCACAGCAUCAUGACCCCCGGAAAAGUGAAAACGCUGCUGACUGCGGCCAACGUCAUUCCUCUCUCCUCCAUAACCGUCCAAGUAUAUCUGACUUCCAGACUGCCGCUGUGCAGGUUCACCAUUCACAAGCUGUUCUGUGAUAACCUGGCGCUCGUUAACCUCGCCUGUGUGAAAAGUCCCCUGGUUGAUCUGUUUGGCAUUUUCGUUACGGUGAGCUUAGUUGUUUUGCCUUUCGUCAUCGUGCUGCUCUCUUACGCGAGGAUCCUCGCCGUGAGUCUGAAAGCCUCAAAAGAGGCCCAAAAGAAAGCACUCGGCACGUGCUCUCCUCAUCUAAUCACCUUUGUCAAUUUCUCCCUGGCCAUUAUUUUCUCUGUGAUUUAUAAUCGAAUAAAUGCCUUCCUCCUAGGACACGUGAAUACAUUCAUGUCCGUGCAUUUCAUCUUGACCCCUCCUCUCCUGCAUCCAAUCAUAUACGGGAUCAGGACUAAGGAAAUCAGGCAGCGCGUCAUUAAAUUGCUGUGGAAGAGGAGAGAUUUCGCAAAAACGCGUGAUUUUUUACACGCGGGUUUCAGACCCCAGAUGCCGCCCGCUGUUAUCCAUUGAGAUGAUUGACUGCAGUUCAGGGCUAUUCCCCAGACCUUUUUUUAAAAAAUUUUUUUUUAAACCAAACAAGGGGGGAAAUAUAGUGGAGCUGUGUGAGUAUUCUGACUGAGUCGCGUGUCUAGUCUUAAUAAUAUAAGUAUUUAUUAUAAUGAUUCUAAGUGGACAUACUGAAGAGACCACGCUGACUACAUCCACAUCUAUUGGCUGUGUCUGUGCCAGAGGACAUGUCUCUGAAGGCAAGGCAGUAAAACUGACAUGUGCA